GUCGGUCCACUCGACCGCCAAAACUGAUAAUGCCCCAGUCUCUCCGGUUAUAAACUUAUACUUAAACUCUCCUAGACUUUUGCCUCCCAUCAAUACCUCCUUUUGACAACGAAGGAAUCCACGAUAACUACGUACGAGUCAUGGCGUCCUUGGAGGAGAUCCUGAAGCCAUGGUUCACGAAUGAAGUGAUGAUUGUCCAGCCUGUUGUGUCGCUGACGGUUACCUGGUUUGUAUACGGGUUCUACAUCGGUCUUUUCAUCGUGACCCUGCACAACCUAUACAAGCAUCAUCCAGCCAACCAUAAGCUUUACCUCACAUGGACCAUAUUGUUGUUCUUCCUAUGCACUCUGAACAAUAUAAUCGAGACGUGGUAUCGAGUUCGGCAGGCGAUCAAAAUCUACACUGGAGAGCAUACGAAGGAUUAUCCACCUCUGCUCUCGUACGCGCAGCACGAUACAAUCAAGACAAUCCAGAGAGGAUUUUUAAUGAUCUUACCGAUCAUAGCAAAUCUUACCGCAGAAACCAUGCUUAUUCAUCGUUGCUAUUUGGUGUGGUUCAAGAACAAAUGGGUGGCGACCACCUUGAUCUUCCUUUCACUGGCGUUGAACACUGUUGGCCUCGCAGGUUGUAUCAUGUUCACUAAAGGUUUCAGCAAUACCAGUAUCAAUCCCAAGAAUGUCAAUCUUCUACUCAAGGGUAAUUCUAUCAAUAACGGGUAUCUAAUUGCGAAUGCAGUCUUUAACGGCCUUUUGACCGCGUUGACCGCCGGGCGAAUCUACCUGAUCAGUCGCGAAGCACGCAAGCAUCUCGAUGCUAAGCUUCACUCAACGUAUCGAACUGUUGUAGCUAUUAUAAUCGAAUCUGGAUUGCUCUACCCAGCUUCUCUUAUCAUCUAUAUCGUCAUUCUAUUAAAGUUGGACCCGGAUAACCAGAGUUUACUCCCUGUUGAUCUCAGUCCGUUGUUUAUGCAAGCUGCUGGAAUCGCACCGACUCUGAUUAUCGUUCGCGCGCUGCAAGGAAAGACGACGGAUAGCGUGGACCAAGUCGUUUCUGCAAACAAUCACAGAACGAAUACUGAACCGAUCUCGACUACGAAGAGUGGGAUUCGGUUUGUUGGUGCGGGGGGUCCGAGGGCAAGGGCGGGGGGAGGAGGAGGAGCAACAACAAUCCACACUAUCACGACUGACCUGGGAGAGAUAUCCGAUGAAUUUCACCACACAGUUGACCUGCCGAAUGGAAAUCACUCAAGCUCUGGGGGGAGCCUUUCGGGGAGUGACCUGGAGAAAGAGAGACAGCAGAAGGAGGGGGUUUUGGUUACUCCAGCUGAAGUGUAA